UCAUUUUUUAGACUCCAAGCCAGGAUGAUGUACCUUCAUCACAUCUCUCUUAUUCUGGUACACAGCGGUCUUCAGAUUAUUUUGAGUCAAAUUGUAAGAACUGCAAGUUUGCUAGACUAUGAAGAGAAGGAUGCUGUAGAAGCUUUGGUUGAUAAUAUUGGAAGUCAAAGAAUUGUACAUCCACUACGACUAUUUGUCAGACAAUCACCAAUCUCAAAAGAAGGAAUCAGUGAAAUUUCUUACUUCAGUAAUGCUGAAAGCUUCUGGGAUUGGUUAUCCAACGUAACAGAUGUUCAAGAAUCUGUGGUACGAACUAAACGUAGACCUAUAGUUAAGACAGGAAAAUUCAAGAAAAUGUUUGGAUGGGGUGAUUUUCAUUCUAACAUUAAAACCCUUAAACUCAAUCUUCUUAUUACUGGCAAAAUUGUUGACCAUGGUAAUGGAACAUUCAGUGUAUACUUCAGACACAACUCAACAGGUCUUGGAAACGUUUCAGUAAGCCUGGUACCACCAUCUAAAAUUGUGGAAUUUGAAAUUGCUCAACAGUCAACUUUGGAAACCAAGGAAUCAAAGUCCUUCAACUGUCGAAUUGAAUAUGAAAAAACAGACCGUGCUAAAAAGACUGCGUUGUGUAAUUUUGAUCCUUUAAAAGUCUGCUACCAAGAACAAACUCAAAGCCAUGUUUCAUGGCUCUGUUCUAAGCCGUUUAAGGUCAUAUGCAUUUACAUUGCAUUUUACAGUGUAGAUUACAAACUUGUUCAGAAAGUCUGCCCUGAUUAUAACUACCACAGUGAGACUCCAUAUUUUUCUUCUGGUUGAUAAUAAGACAACGAAAUUGUAUAAUACUCAAACAGAUAAACAGUACUGUGAAAUUAAUUUCUUCACUAGGACAGCUAAACAGUAUUUUGAAAGACAUACUUUCCAAUUAAUAUAUGGAAUACCAUAAUUCUGAGCUAUCAGUCUUUCAAAGGCGCAUCCAAAUUGGACAGCUUGCUUUGUUUUUGAUGCAUACAUUGUCUGUUACUGCUCUGAAAUUCAUGAAAUACAUGCAAGUAUUACUCAGCAAUAUAUGUAUCUAAUUAUUUGCAUAUCCAUAUAAAUAUAUGCAGGAGACAGAAUGACAGACAAAUAAAAACACGUGUAUUUUGUGUGCAUGUCCAUACUUGCAUGUAUGCACAUGCAGAUGAAGAAAAUUAAUAUAUCACAGAUGAAGAAAAUUAAUAUAUCACAGAUGGUGUUUCAAUGUGUGAUACACAUUUGUAAUAAAGAAAGAAUAAAUAGCUGGAAAUAUGUAACAAAGCAAUGCUAUCAUGAUUGUAAGUAAUUUGAUUUUGCAUUUAUAUUUCUAUAGCCAGAGUAAGAUAAUCAGAUUCUUGUAAGUAGAUACUGGUCAGAUAUUCUGUUGGAUACAUUAAAUAGUGUUAACCAUUGUUUUAACAUAUGAUUUCAUAGAAAACUAAAAUUAUGUACUGUGCUGAUUUAUCAGACUGCACCGAGUGAAUGUAUAAUUACAGCUGUAUUUUGGAAAACACUGGAAUUUUACUACAGUGGCAAAUUUCUGAAUAAUACAUUCUUCUUUGUCUCUACCACUGCAGUCUGACACUGAUUAAAUACCUGUUUUCAAGAGAAACUAUACAACUCACCAGAGGCUUGCCAGGUAGCGUAUAAAGUUAUACAUCAUGUAUUCACUAUUUUUUUUCUCCAACUCAACAAAUGCCACAUGGAAAAAUUGCACCUUACAGUGAAAGAUCUUCUUGCAUUGCACUUCAUUUCAGUUUUAAACGAUAUCCUUUGUAACCGUAACAAAUCAGGAAAUUUUAUUUUACCUGAGUUUUACCGACAUUUAAAAGUUAUUGCACAGGCUUGUAAAUAAUUUAAAACACAUUACUUAAAACUGAGAACUACCAAUUGAAUCAAUGUGAUUCACUUUUUGAAAUGUUCAGAACUGUACAGUAAAAUGUGGUCUUUGUAUGUAUUAGUAGUAAAUAAGCUGUGAUAAGCUAUGCUUUACAAUGUUUCAUAGAUGGGUGUAGAAAAUUUAUUGAAUCCAAAAAGUUAUUGGAUUCACACUUCCUGGAAUUAAAUUUAAUUCUUGUCAUGAGAAACUUAUAAGACUGCUCUUUGUAGUUUUAAUGGAGAAUUAAACUCAGCAACUAAACUUGCAUUAUUAAUUA